GUGAACCCGGUUCCACCUGCUUGUCCUCGUCGAUCAGUGUCAGCAUCUCUCCGCGCGCUCCGACCACUCAGCCCCCUUCAUUUUCAGCCAUGUCCAUGUCUGGCUCGCAGACACCAGAGGACGGACUCUACGGCUCCUGGGUAGAGCUGGAGGAGCUGAUAGCAGCCGUGAGUCGCAGGGAGAGUCUCACAGGACCACAGGACAGUGUGUCUUCUGCCCUGCAGGGAGAGCUGGAGAGAAUCCUUCUGGAGGCACAGCUGGAGUGUGAGAGGACUAGAGACAGUCCUCCACAAGGGGCGACUCCUCAGACCAGUGGUUCACCCCGACCCAGUAGUGAGCAGGACAGCGAUUGUGUCACCAUACAGGAGGAGGGUGAGCGGCGGGUGGACACUGACUGGGUGUGGGACUGGUCCAGUAGACCUGAAAAUAUGCCACCAAAAGAGUUUGUUUUUCAGCACCCUAAGCAGCAGGGUACCCUUAGUGUAAGGAAGACAGAUGUGAUGAAAAGAGGAAUAUUCUCUUCUGACGUUCUCCUCAUCCUCGUUCCCUCACUGCUGGCGUCACACCUGCUCACACUUGGUGUUGGGAUCUACAUAGGGAAGCGAUUGGCCGCCUCCACAACCAGCACCCUGUGACAUGUGCUUUAGGGCGACGCUCCCAUUCACUGAAAGCCCGGCCAAUAAGGUCGCAGUUGCCCUCUCUAUCGCACUAAUUUUGCCCCCCUCUUUCUUUGUCAUGGGGCAACCAUAGGACCCUGCCUUUCUGUACCUUUGUCUCUCUCACCGUACAGCUGUCUGUCUGUCUGUACAUCCAGCAGUAGCACUGUGCCUGUGUGUCUGUCAGUCAGUCUGUCUGUCAGUCUGUGCUUGUCUUAGGCCUCCAGGGGGGUGGAUGUAUGCUGACCGACGAGUAGUACUGAGGUUACUUUUACUCUUCCACAGAGUAACACUGAUCCCACCCAAAUAAAGCAACGUCAGAGAGAAAAGGAUUUUCAAGAUACAAAAAAAAAAGAAAGAAAGAAGACACAGAUCAAAGAAGGUUCAAUCAGUUCGUCUGGAUACAAUGUUUAUUGACACGUAUGUGUCAAUAAACAUUGUAUCCAGACGAACUGAUUGAACCUUCUUGGAUUUUCUUAUCUGGGUUAUUGAGCACGCAUCAAGACAAGAAGAAAUAGAGUUGUGUCCACAUAGAACCAAUAAAGCCCACUUGUCCCUCUGAACUCGACAUGGCUAGUCGGGGAUACCUUAUUUGUUUGUAAUGACAGAGAGAAUGUAUGGUACUCUGUUUACCUUUAGGGAAAUGAAUGAACUCAUUGUUGACGGUGUUGAACUUUCACCAGACUGAUGCGAGACUUGGAGAGCUUUUGUUUUUUUGUUUUGGCCCUAAUUUUCUGAAAUUAUUGUGGAAGGAAAUUGUUAAAUGGUUGAUUCCCCCAAAUGAGUGGCUCGGAUUGUACUGUUUUUCGCUCGAAGCAUUUGAUCCCUGACUAUAACAAAUAACGAUCCCAUUAAACU